CUGGGUUUAAUGGUCUCAACAGACCCCUUCGCUAUGCGUGGAUACGAAACAUUGCACCUCAACAUGGGGAAUUUCUUUAUUUUAAAUUUAACCUGUAUUAUUUUCACAUUUUUGUAAAUCCCUAAUCUUAUCUGUAAUUGUGUGCAUUUGAUAUUUCCGUUUUGUUUUCCUUUAUAGUUUCGGGUUUAUUUUCUUUCUCUAGAACAUCCAUGAGUUAAGGUAACAAACUUUAUUUUCUUUUACUUAGCUGUCAAUGUACUCUCUCUUGGAGCUGGACUGAGAAGUUAAGUUUCUCGCUUCUGUCAAAAGUGAAUAAUCAAUACUUAAUAUAGUUGGUUCUUUGGGCCUAUGGCACGAGAGGAAGCCAAUGAUAUUCUGAAGAAUGAGACCAGCAGUGGAAUAUUCCUUGUUCGUGAAAGCCAGACUAUGAGAGGAAACCUUGUGUUAUCAGUGAAAGAAGACUGCAAGAUGAGCCAUUAUAUAAUCAAUAGGUCUCAACUAGGUGGAAUUGCAACAUUUAAGAUUGGUGAUCAUGAAUUCAAUAGUAUGCCCAGUUUAUUGGCAUUUUACAAAACACAUUAUCUAGACAGCACUUGCUUAAUUGCACCUGCUCCUCGGAUGAAAGUCCGUGCUAAAUACGACUUUGCUGGCAAUGACGAUGAAGAUCUCCCAUUUAAGAAAGGAGACAUCUUAGAAGUAAUUAGUAAAGAUGAAGAACAAUGGUGGACUGCAAAAAAUGAAAGAGGGGAUUCUGGUCAGAUCCCUGUUCCUUAUGUUGAAAAGUAUGACCCAAACCAGCCACAACGAAUAAGUAAUUCUCAAAACAGAGAUUCUAACCCUAGUCUUGCCCAUAUAUUCACACCUACUUCAUUUAAUCCGAAGGUAAAAUUACCAGCUCAAGCUAAAGUAAAACAACAGAGGAUACCAAAUAUAUAUGAUAAAACACAGCUAAAACUUGAGGUUGGAGAAAUUGUUACAGUUACUAAAAUUAAUGCCAAUGGUCAGUGGGAAGGGGAAGUUAAUGGUAAAAAAGGAAUCUUCCCUUUCACUCAUGUAGAAUUUAUUGAAUGUGAAAUUCCUGAAGAAGAUCAUGAAAAUAACAGUGGCAAUGUAUUUGUGAAUCUGUCAUAGAUUGUGUAUAUAUAAAAACCAGCUUGAAUAGACCUUGCAUCAUGGGACAAUUCUAUUUCCAAAUACAGAAAGGCCAAAGCAAGAAUUUUGCCCCAAAACUAAUAUCUCUAUUUGGCACCCGAACUGAAUGUAAGUUGUGUGUGUGUAUGUGUAUGUAUGUAUGUGCACAUGUGUGUGUACUUCCCAGAAUAAGAUGAUUUUAUAUUGCUAUUCUUACAUGCCAACAAAUGAUACACAGUUUAUUUGUUGCAACCCCCUUGGUUGCAAUCAUCAGAUUUAUAAUCUGAUUCUCUUUUGUUUUUUUCUCUCAACAUUCAUUAUACAACUUUAUUACAUCACCUUCACUAAUCACUUCCUCCCUCUGCGUUCUCUCUUAUUAUACACACAAAUCUUUCCUCAGGUAACAUUGCUGAAGCUUUUCACUUGAGUUGAGUGUGUAGUUGUUUUGUCAACUAUAUUCUCUUUUAUUCUGUUUUAUAAUGUUAACAAGGCUUAAGGGAUUUUCCUCCUUGGUCAGUAAUUGACUUCGGGUAAAAAUAUUUGACAAACCUGACACAUGUACUUACUUUAUGAAACAUUAAGAUUUCAUCUCUGUUUCCUCUUCUUGAAGAUCCUUUUUAUUUAUUUAUUAUUUCCAUUUUAGCCAAAAUUGUGAAUUAAUUGUAUGAUAUGAGAGGAAAAAGAAAGUGCACUAAGCAUAUGUAGUGCUGCUGUCAUUUACAGUCAGGUAUGCUAGCAUCCAAAAAUAUUUGGAAGUUAUCUAUCCCUCCACUAAAACACUCUCUUUUACUUUUUCAUUAACCUAAAUAUAUUGAGAAAUGAUAAUUCUUUGCAUUGUUCACACAGCUGUUUUUAUAAACUUUUUCUUAUUUGCUGGAUGACGAGGAGCAGGAAGAGAAUAUUUUAACUGUCAUUAAUAUUUCAAAAUAUAUUAAAACUGAUUUUUCAAUAGAGUUGGAAGGAGUUUUUACCUCCACUUCAUAUCUUCUCAACAAUUACAGUUUGUUGAAAAGUCUUUGGCAGCUAAUAUCUAAUUAACUUCAAAAUUUUUCUAAAAAAAGAAUGUUAGUUGAACACUUUAAACAGAAAACUAAAACUAAAACCCUUUUGUCACUUUUGUUUUUUCUUUUACUAUUGUUAAGCAAUGUCAGAAAACCCUCCAAAGUGAACAGAUUAUUUCCAGAUACUGUCCACUUAGUCCAUUAACUCCAUAGAAUUGUUGCAAACAUUAGUUCUUACCAAUGCCUUGUUAGUGUUUGCAGGAAAAUAUACCUCUUUCUACUGAUUGUUAUGGAAAAUUAACAGUACAAUCAUUAUCUAAUAUUUUAUGCCAUACCAAAAAAAGAAAAAGAAAAAAUGGUUACAUUGCUGUCUUUUAGUUAUAAAGUGCCUUGUUUUCACCUUUACAUUGUCUCUCUCUCUCUCUCCUAAGUAGUUAUUAUUUCAUGAUGUUCUGUGACUGUCCUUCUCAUAGUCUUUCCACAUUCUCUAAGCAAACGUCAAAAGUUAGUUCAAAGGAAGAUAACUACAAUAUUCAGUAGACUAAUUUACAUCUAGAAUAAUUUGUUUUAGAUUCUCAACUUUGACAUUUACAUCUUUUCUCAAAUAUUUUUCGGUUCAUGUCAUUAAUGUUGCUAGUCCAAACCAGUUCAGUUUUUGAGGUUAAAAUAAAUAUGAUACAUGAGACUACUUCUGAAUAAUUUCCCCUCAAAACAUUGACACGUUGUUAUUGAUGAGGCAUUGAAACCACACAAUGACAUCAUGUAUCAGAAUAAUUAUAUAAUUACUGCUUAAUACAUAGCUUUGCUUCUUCCUUUUACCAUAUAACUUAUCUUUGCGAAGAUUACUCUAUCCAGUUAUAAAUCUUUUAUUAACUUGCUUCCAAUCUAGUCACCACACCUAUUAUAUUGUGCCUGGAAGCAAAUCUCUGUGUUUUUUCCCCAUGUAUAGCUAUUACAUCUGCCUUUUCUAAUUCUCUGAUGUAUCAGCAUUCAAGUGCAAGAUCAAAUAAGCUGGCUCUUCAUCUUGUAAUAAAGCAGCCUUGCAUUGUGAAUUUGAAUUUUUUUUCCAAUGUGGUGCUAUAUUGGGAGGAAAACAUGAUUGCAAUGAAGAGAAAUUGUUAAUAUGUACUUUGUAAAUUAAGGUUUUGUUGAUGUUUUUGUACAUAUUUAAUUUUGUAAAAUUAUAGUGUGUGUGUGUGUAUGUGGGCAUUUUUUUUUUCUUUGAAAAGCAAAAAAGAAAUUAAUCCUUUUUAAAAUGAUUUUCUAAACGAAUCAGCAUUUGUAUAUGUGUAUAUAUGAGUUUAUGUGCACAUUAUGUAUGUGUAUACAUGUAUCAAUACAUACAUGUUAUAUGCAUAUAGAUAUACCCAUGCAUACAGCAUGUAUGCAUGGAUAUGUGUGGAUGUGUGUGCAUGUGUGUAUAUAUAUAUAUAUUACACAUACACACAAACAUACCCAUGUAUAUAUUGUGUUGUAUGUCAUAUAUAUAUAGUUAAGAACAUAAUUCCUUUGUUUGUACAAAGUAUUGACUUUAUGCCUUGUUUUUAAUGUACCAGCUCUGCCAAAUCUUGAAUAUGUCUUAAUAUUUACUUUUAUAAUAAUUUUAAGAAAAACCAAACAAAACAAAAAUAAAAAAAAAUACCUGUAAGAUAAAACUUAGCUCUGCUGCAGUUUUGUGCUGUUGUAGUGGAUAAAUAAAGUGUGAUAUUUCUUAUCCAACACCUUAUGAAAUUUUAAUGACACCUUACUCUUUCUACAUAAUUCAAAUUAUUUUUUAUACUAAAUCAACAAAAUGAAUAAAAAAAUUAAAAAAAAGAAAGAAAACAGAGCAGAAACAAAUUAAUGGUGAUAAUUGAAUUUUUGGAUAACGAGAUGUUUUGUCAUUUAGUUAUCUGUAGAAUUAUGUAUAUUUGAAAGAUUUCUGUGAAAUAUCAACAUGGCUAAUGUAGCUUGGUGAUUUAACACAUGUCUAUUAACUGGCUCUUACAAACAUUUGAAGAUGUUAAAAUAUUCAUAUUGAAUCCCAGGGCCUUGUAUUCACAAAAUCACCAGAGAUUAUUAUUAUUAUUAUAAUUGGGUUUAGAUACAAUUCCAACAUUAUUUUGUCCAAUUAAGUGGCUUUAUGUUUUAGGGUUUUUUUUUUAUUAUUAUUUUUUUUUUUGUAGAAGUUUCUGACCUUCUCCUUUGUUACUGCUUAUUCUUCAUCAUUUAGCACUAAAUAUAUUUGUACAAUGAUUUGUGAAAGAUCCAAUCUUAAAUGUUUAUUAUGAUUAACAAGUUUACUUGAUUCAUAUUUGAAUGUUUUACACUUUGUGCAAUGCUGUAAUAUCACAAAUAUAUGGUUGAAUAAAUUCUUAUAAUUUAAUAUAUAUUUAAAUAUUACAGAAAAUAUGCCAUCAAAAGUGUACUGUUUAUUCAAGAUUUUAAGUACCAAUUUUCAACUUUAUGAAAAAAAUUCUUCACUAUAUAUAUAUAUAUUCUAAAUCACAGACUUGUUAUUGCUCUCAGUCAAGAAUUAUUUAUUAGUGUUUCUGACUAAUGAGAAGUAAAAAUAUCACAAAUUCACUCAGUUGCUUUUUUUUUUUUUUUUUUUUUUUUUUGAAUGGCAAUUUCCAAUUUUAAACAUGUGUUACUGCUAUUUAAAUUUUGGUUGUUUUUCCCUCCUUUGAUAAUCCAUGAACCAUUGUAUUUGAUACAUUGUUAUAAUUACAGACACUGCCCUUCUUACCUGCUGAGUACCACAUAAUUUUUUCUGGCUAUCUGACCCAUCACAAUGUAUAUGUUAUUUUAAAUGCAUUGCUCCUCCUUUAUUUCUUCACUCAAACAAGGGUCAUACCACAAGUCCUUGAUUUUCAAACAAACUGUGACAAUAACUCAGUUCUUGAAUGCCAAACUACAAACAAGUCGUUUUGGUGAUUUAUACUGCCACUGUUGAACCCUUUCAUAUAAGAUAUAUUACUGUUGGUUUUUUUUUUUAUCUGUUAAAGUAGUAGUGGAAAUAUUGGAUUGAUGCAAUGUUUAGUUUCAUCUUUUGGUAUUUCGAGUUCAAAUUUUGCCUUCCAUCCCUUUGAGUUUGAGGUAUAUACAGGAGUCGACCAACUAUAGCACCUGUGGACUUAUGCCAGUCUAAGAACUCUUUAUUAUACAUGUGGAUGUAGCUGUUCUCAGCAAACACACUCAGUAACCUGAAACCUUUUAAAAAUCACUUUUAUAUAUGUCACCUGUGCCGUUAGGAAAGAAAUGAACUUCACAAACACUUUACACUGUCCUUAUUAUUUAGAUCCAGGACUGCUCUCAUUCAACAAACCUAUAAACGAAGGCACUUUGGCCAUAGCCAGCCCAUCUAUUUUACAAACAUUGUGUAUUUCGAAUUCCAUUAUUCAAUAUAUUACAAUAGGAGUAUGACUUGAGGGAGAUUUGGCUGCUAUUUCUAGCAGGUUGGGCAGUUGCACAAAGGCUUCCCUUGUUUGCUUGAUAAAUCUCAUCUAUCAUGCCCAUGUAGCCAAAAGAAGAAAAAAACAAAUAUCAUAAAUAUUACCAAUUUUAUACCAGUAUCAACUUAAACUGUCCUUCUCAGGUCGAUAAAAAGUUAGGACCAGUCAGAUAUUUAUAUUCAAUAUAAUUGACUGUCCUCCCCCUAAAAAAUAAGGACCAGUCAGGUAUUUAUACUCAAAAUAAUUUACUAUUACCCCCACCCCACCCCCUCACUCCCAAUCUUUGUGGGCAAUGUUAGAAAUUGCUAUUUGUUUUAUAAUCGCAUCAACCUGUGGACCGGAAUUUUUACAAAUAAUUUAUGAUUUUUUUUUUGAGUUCUGUAGGAAAUAUUAAAGAUGAAAAAAAAAUUUUAAAUAGUAUACUAUUUUUUUCUAUUAAAAGAAACCUAAUGGGUUUUGCUAAAUAAUUGUUUCCAACUUACCCACUCUCAUAACUUUUUUUUUUUUUUUUUUUUUUUUUUUUGAGAUUUUGGGCUAUCGGUUAAAA